AUGAAGAGCCCAUGCCGCGAGAAACGACUUCGUGGCCGACAACGCAGCACCACCAGCGUCAAAACUGCUGUGGACGAGCGGCACACUGAGACUGUCGUCGGUGGACUGACGUACAACGUGGCCAACUGCUCACGCAGCGAGGAUGACCUACGGACGCACACCAAGUUCCAUGGCUCGGCGCUGCGACAAGCUCUGUUCCUGAGUGGCCUGGGGCUGUCGGUGCUCGCCCUCGCUCAUGCGGAGCUCACGGACGUGGGCGUCACGCACAUGGAGGCGCAAUGCGACGCCCGGUACGCCCCGCCCGAGGUGGACGGCGCCUUCUCCGUGCCGCUCGAGCGCGAGGAGUUCGCGCCCAUCUCGAAGUCGCGCGCGACGCGCCUCAGCAGCGCCUCAUACAAGGCCAACUUCCCCAUUGAGGACAAGUACGCGGUGGAGACGACGAGCUCGGGCGACGUGUUCGCGACCGUGCUGGACGGCCACGGUGGAUGGCAGGUGUCUGAGUACGCCCGCAAGACGCUGAUCGGCAACGUGCAGAAGGAGCUGUCGUACCUCUACAAGCCGGGCACGAAGGAGCCCGCUCAUGGGGACGCCAAGACGGUCUCGGACGAACGCGUGGCUGCUGCCAUCCAGCGUGCGUUUGGCCGCACGGACCGCGACCUGAUGGCGGAGGUGGCGUCGGCGUUCAAGCUGGGGUUCGGAGCUGUGGCGCGGUGCGGCUCCUGCGCGUGCUUGGCGUACGUGCACGAAGGCACUGUUCACGUUGCUAACGCGGGCGACAUCCGUGCAGUGCUGGGAAAGGCUGGCAAGGACUCGGACUCGAUCGUGGCGGAGCCGCUCAGCAACGACCAGAAUGCUAUGGUGAAGUUCGAGCAGGAUAAGCUGAUCAAAGAACACCCCGGAGAGGCCAACGUGUUCACUUGCCGUCACCCGGACUCGUGCUACGUGAAGGGUGCGCUGCAGCCGACGCGCGCUUUCGGCGACUUUUCCCUCAAGCACCCGGAGUUUAAUGGGCCGCCGUACGUGAACGGUGAUCGCUCUGCUGGCCGCCACUUUUCGGCACCUUACACGCCGCCCUACAUCACGGCUAUCCCCGAGGUCAAGUCGCACAAGCUGCAGGAGGGGGACAAGUUCCUCAUUAUUGGUUCUGAUGGCUUGUGGGACUACCUGAGCAACGAAGAGGCUGUGGAGGUGGUCAACGGCCAAGCCUCGUGCGGAAACCACGACCUUGCCGGCCGCGCGCUGGUUGAACGGGUGCUUCAGAAGGCGGCGAAGCGCUACGGCAUGACGUACCAGGAGCUGCUGAGCCUGCCGCCUGGAAGCCACCGCCGCCGCCGUCACGAUGACACCACGGUGGUUGUUCUCUUCUUCGACUAGAGUUGAGGCUACGAUACAGCCUUGUGUACAAGAAGGAAAGCACAAUAGGCAAACAAACUAACAGCACGGUAAUCAAGGUGAAGGGGUCGG